AUGAUAGAGUCUGGUAGGCGUUCUGGUCGUGCAGCAGCGCGACGAGCUGCUGCCGCGCUCGUGCGCCGCAAACGGCUUGGUCGGCCUCCUAAGAACAAGCCUCCAGACUGGGAUCAGAUGGUCGAAGUACCCGCGAAUGAAGCGGACGCCUCCACGCCGCGACGGCGUGGGCGUGGUGGUUGGCGGGGACGUGGUGGCCGGAAGGGGCAGGCACAACAAACACAUCAACAGCCAAUUGACAAAGAUGGAAAUCUUAUGGAUAUUGUCAACGACGAGGUAGACCUACCAGAAGAUUUAGAGGGCGAAACUAAAGUCGACAAGGAUGGCAACCUCUUGGGCGGGCGCGAAUACCGAUGCCGAACUUUCACAGUUGCUGGUCGAGGCAGCCGGCUCUACAUGCUAUCCACAGAACCCGCGCGAUGUGUCGGGUUUCGAGACUCGUACCUUUUUUUCACAAAACACCGCCGUCUAUACAAAAUUAUUGUCGGUGAAGACGAGAAGCGCGAUAUGAUCGAACGGGACAUCAUUCCACACAGUUACAAGGGCCGGACCAUAGGAAUUGUCACCGCACGCUCUGUCUUCCGAGAAUUCGGUGCUCUGAUCGUCGUUGGUGGACGGCGCAUCACAGAUGACUAUGACAUUGCCAGAGCCCGCGAAGAGGGCGCCAUUGACGGUGAGAUCGCUGAUCCGAACGAUCGCUUCGUUUUGGGUGAACUGUACAACAAGAAUCAAUAUGUGGCGUGGCACGGUGCCAGCUCCGUAUACCACUCCAACGCACCGACUGUGCCUCAGCAAAAUCUAAAGCUAGCAGAGAGCAAGAAGCGGAGAGUUGCUGUCAAUGAUAGCAAUUGGCAACUCGAACACGCUCGGGAAGCAAGGCAAGUCUUUUCAUAA